AUGCCUAACCUCCCCUCCCCUCCGUCCACCUUGGGGAAGAAAAGACCCCAUCCUUCCGCCGAAACCCCUCCUACGCAAUCCGACCCCGCGACCUCAAAUAUCGGACCCAACCCUCCCGCCCCAACCGUGUCUGCGUCACCCGCUGUGUCCACCGCGCACUCGACUGCGACUGCCUCGAGCGCAUCCUCCUCUUCCUUCCGUAACGUUUCUGCCUGCAAUCGCUGUCGGUUACGCAAAAACCGAUGCGACCAGCGUCUACCGAGGUGCCAGUCCUGUGAAAAGGCUGGAGUCCGCUGCGUUGGAUACGACCCUAUAACGAAGCGCGAGAUCCCGCGCAGCUAUGUGUAUUUCCUGGAAACCCGGGUCGCCCAUCUAGAAAAGCAGUUGGCAGAGCAUAAUAUUGAGUUCAAAAAAGUCGUCGCAUUCGAUGAAGAAGAAGCGUUAAAAACAGAGACCGACGGCGAUGCACCGGGCACAUCCGGCGACGGCCAACCCGGUGAGAACCAGGAUAAAACACAAUGGAAAAAUUCCGUGAAGGAAGAAACUGGGUCCGACCAGCGACAUGACGGAGAGCAGCGCGAUGCAGAAGGAAAUGAAAACGAGGAGAACUGGCGCCUACACAAUUUGGUGUCAAAUAUUGGCAUGGUCUCGGUGCAAGGGACGUCUGAUCCUCGCUAUCUCGGGUCAACAUCUGGUAUCUCAUUCGCUCGGGUUGUCUUUGCUGCAGUCAGAAGCUCGAUUCCUGGAAAUCCGGAGCGCGGGCCACUGCGCACUGGAGAACGAUUGCCCCAGACAGCCACUGGCUCGGGUGCAGGAACCAUGCGCGAUUCGUUCUUUGGGCUUCAGACGAAACCAAUGAUGAAGCGCGCCUCAUUCCCGGACCGUGAGCUCGCUGAGCGACUGGUUGAUCUGUAUUUCGAACACGCAAAUCCUCAAAUGCCUAUUCUCCACCGUGGUGAUUUCAUGGAGCUCUUGGAUCGAACGUACCAGUUAGAGGAGAAGAAUCGCUCACCAAGAGCUCUUUAUGUCCUCAACAUUGUGUUUGCCAUCGGUGCUGGAAUUAUCUUCGAGGAUAAACCUCAAAGUUCGGAUGAUGAAAACCGCGCUGGCCGCGAUCGAUCCUCAUCUACUUCUAAAAGGCCGAGAUUGUCAAAUCACCAGUAUCAGCCGGAGGAAUACCACGCAUCUGCUAUUGUUCACUUAGAAUCGUUCCUCGGUUCUUCGUCCAGCGAAGGAUUCGGUGGCUUGGAAGAACUUCAGGCGGUGCUUCUACUGGCUAGUUUCGCCUUGUUGCGGCCCGUGGCUCCAGGUCUUUGGUAUAUCGUCGGUGUGGCGAUGCGCUUAGCUGUUGACCUGGGUCUUCACUACGAAGAUGGCGUUGGCAUUGACUCCGGAUCGAAAGAUGGAAACCAGGUCCAGUCACGCAUUGAUGCUCGCGAACGAGGGCGGCGAGAAUGGAUCCGAGACCUGCGUCGCCGUCUCUGGUGGUGCGUGUACAGCUUCGAUCGUCUAGUUGCCACUUGUGUCGGACGACCAUUUGGUAUCAGCGAUCAAGCAAUUAGUACGGAACUUCCAUCUAUGAUGGACGACAAAUACAUCACAAAAUCCGGCCUCUUGACGCCUCCCGAUGGAGCUCCUACCUAUAAGCAUGUUGCUUUCCACUACUUCAAACUCCGCCUUCUUCAGUCUGAGAUCCACGACGUGCUUCAAUAUCAGCAGGCACGUGCCAUCCGAAGACGCUCCCCGGAAAGUGCCGCCAUCCUUCCUCAUGCUGAGCUUACCUCCCCCUUCCUUCAAGGCUUUGAUUCCUUCCGCUCCUGGCGUCACGAUGUCCACCGGCGCCUUGUGGAAUGGCAUGAGACGGCUCCAAGUCGGGCUGAUACUGGUGUCAGAUUCUCUAUCGAGCUUCUAGAGCUGAACUACUGGCAAGCCAUUAUACUGCUUUACCAGCAGAGUCUUACUGUGCCUGCUGAGUUGGCCGGAGAACUCACCCCAGCUGACGAUGUCUCGAGUCCAUCCUUUUCGAAUGUCGAUGAGGGUGAUGAAGAAGAUCACGUCUAUUUAAACGUUGCCGAGGCUGGCCAGAAGGUUAUUCGGAUCUAUCGCCAGCUCCACCGUGUGCGAUUGGUCAACUACACAUAUCUUGCUACUCACCAUAUCUUCAUGGCUGGUAUCUCCUUCUUGUAUGCCAUCUGGCAUUCACCUCUCGUUCGAAGUCGUUUGACUCUCGAUGAGGUAGAUUUCACUGUUCUCGCUGCCACAUCCGUUCUGGGUGACUUGAUGCACAAGUGUCCCCCCGCCGAAGCCUGCCGAGAUGCCUUUGAGCGAAUGAGCAAGGCCACGGUUCAAAUGUGUCUGUCUACUACCGGAUUCGGGUCACAGGUCGAUAUGACGCGAGUGCAUGCCGCCACACAUAGUGCCGGCUCUUUGUACGCCGGCCGAUCCCGCCAACAAAUGGAUCAAAGACGAGGACAAGGCCCGGCCCGACGAUCCGCGCAAAGCCGCGCACAAAGACCUGUUCCAAAGUUCGAUAUGAACCUAGCAGAUCUUUUCAACGAUAAUCCACUGGCCGAUCGAUCUCGGGCUGAGAACAGACCUUCUGGGCAACCUUAUCCCGUCCGCCCAGAACAGGCCGAGUCGAUGGCCUCGGGAUUCUCUGCCGAUCGAGGUGGUCGGUCAUAUGGGCAGCGUACUCCAUCUAUGGAGUAUUACAUGAAAUAUGAGAACCCGACGUCCCCCCAACCCCCGCCGCAAUUCUACUAUGGAAACUCGCCACAACACAGUGGUUCCCCAGGUAGUGUAGCUGCAAAUGGACCUCAAGCCGUUGCAUCGACAGACACAGAGGCGCAGCCGGGUAUUAGCCUCGAUUUCCUUGAAUUUGGAUCUGGCGAUCCCGAAGCUCAAAACCAUAUGGAAACGGACCCUAACGCCGAGUAUCUGGCUGGUAUGCCUCCCCUCGGUCCUAAUCUAGGCCAAAACGUGGGCAUCGAUCUCGGAUUCGGCAUGGCGAUGGAUUUCCAGCAUGACUGGAGCGAAAACCCCAAUUAUGAUCUUCUAGAGGGGUAUUUCUUCGGCGGUUCAGGACCAGGCGCCUCCGGUGGUGAUGCUUGA